UCUUCACUGUCACAUUGCACCAAACAACUGCGUGGAAAAAGCGACACGUCCAAGCGCCUUCACUGAGUCGUGCUUGCCACGCGCACCCAAUUGGAUCUGCUCGCAUCUCUGUUCUCUGUUUUCUCGAGGAAACAUGAAUUCAGAGGAAGCUGCACAAAUUCCCAGAAGAACUACAAGGUCUUUAGCUUCAUCUUCUGCGUCGACUUCUAAUAAUGCAUCUUCUGCAAAAGUAAAUAGCCUUGAACCUCUAACAAUCAAUGACCUUUUAGUUGGAGGAGACCCUAUUAGCCUAGAUGAAUUGUUUUCUAAUUUCCCCGGUAGAAGUAGCCAGAUUCUCGAGAUUGUAAGUCUUUUGGGGCCAUUGAACACUCCAAUGCUUCCUUUGUUUGUGUAUGGUGGUGUUUCCACUGGAAAAACCAGUAUCAUUCUUCGAUUAUUCCGGCAUCUCAACAGGCCUCUUGUUUAUUCUAGCUGCAGGACUUGUUAUAAUCAGGGUAUCUUGUUUGAAUCUAUUCUAAAUCAGUUGCAUCUCCAUAGAAAAAGUUCUGCCAAUGGCUAUUCAAAUGCAAAGCACUGUGAGAGACCAUCGGAUUUUAUUAAUUUUCUUACGGAAGCAUUGACCGAUGCCAUAAACAAUCUGAAGGAGAAGUCGGAGAAGUUGAUAUCAGGCAAGACAAUGGCACAAGGGGGGAUUGGAAACAUGAUCUACUUGGUAUUUGACAAUUUUCAGCUUGUUAGAGAGUGGGAUAAGAGCUCUACUUUAUUACCCUUUCUGUUUAAUCUCUAUGAUCUGCUGAAGAUUCCUGAGGUGGGUCUAAUAUUUAUCAGCAAUACUUCUCCAGAUACCUUUUACUCUUCUAACAUGGGUUAUGUGGAGCCUAUCCCUGUAUACUUUCCUGAUUACACAGAUGCUGAUCUUCGCAAAAUAUUGUCGAGAAACCAAGCAGACUCGAAGCUGUAUUCUUCAUUCUUGGAUGUGGCUUUAAGGUCUUUCUUUAGGGUUACUAGGCAGGUUGAUGAAUUGUCCACUGCCUUCAAACCACUAUAUGAAAAAUAUUGUGAACCUUUACGCGAUAAAAGAGUCUUUCCUAAUGGAGACAAAGACAUGAAGAGAAAGUUAUUUAGUCAUAUCAAUCCUCACAUCACGUCCUCUCUGAAUGAGAUAUUUAAGGUUUCAUCUCAUCCUUCAGCUGAAGUUGAGAACUCCAAAGAGGCAAAUCUGAAGGUGAAUCCAAAGAAACUGGAGCGACGUGAAGAAAUUGCCAAGCUAGACUUUCACAUGUCUACGAGUGCAAAGUAUCUUCUUAUUUCAGCAUUUCUUGCUUCCCGAAAUCCAGCUACUCUUGAUGCUUCACUUUUUGAUUCCAAAGGAGGUUCUGAUAAUCGAAAGCGAAAGAGGAAACCCUCUGAGAAGGUGCCUGAAAGAAAGGAAAGUUUAGAAGAGGAGUUACUAAUGAAAGGACCUGGAAGUUUCCCACUGGAGAGGUUGUUAGCCAUCUUUCAGUGUAUUGUAUCGGUCGCAGAAGAUCCGUCGGAUGAGGACAAACAAAGCGGCGAGCUGAUGUCUGAUGUUCUGUUGCAGCUAUCCAGUCUCUGCAAUGCUAAAUUUAUAUUUAAAGGAAGAAGCUGUCCAAUUGAAGGCUCAGUUCGGUAUCGGUCAACUGUAUCAGAAGACUUGGCUUUGAAGGUUGCAAGGAGCCUCAAGUUCCCUUUAUCAAGUUAUUUGUAUAAAAGAACCUAGCAAUCUUUGACUUUGGUUCUUCUGCUUCACAAAUCCUGGUUAUCCAUUUUUCUCUGAUAGAAUCUGUACAACCUAUGAUGCUGCUAUCUGCAGUUAUCCUCAUGAAAUUGCGGGAAUUAUCCCUAUGAAUUGUAACAUUGGAUGGAUUGAAUA